AUGGUAAGUGUAACAAUAGAGCAAGAAAUUGUUGUGAAAUUUCACGUGAAAUUUGGAAAAACCGCUACUGAAACUUAUAAUUUAUUGAAACAAGUGUAUGGCCAUGAAUGUUUAUCGCGUGCACGUGUUUUUGAGUGGUUUAAGCGUUUUCAAGAUGGCCGAAAAGACGUUGAAGAUGAUUCACGCCCGGGUCGCCCUUCCACGUCAAAAACGGACGUCAAUAUCGAAACAAUCGGAACAAGAUUUGAGUCUGUUGAAGCUAUGAAAGAGAAAGCGGCACGCGUCCUGAAGGAGCUGACAGAAGAAGACUUUCCAGCACUGUUUCAAACAAUAGAAGAUUCGCAUGGAGCGUUGUAGGGAUAGAGGAGGGGUGUAUAUUGAAGGUGAUAAUAAGUAAAUAUGUAUGAAAUCAAAAUAAAAUGUUUUAC